AUGUCUGUCAUUAAUGUGAACUCACUCAAGUGGUAUGUUAAAUACAUUGGCUUGCCCCUCAUUUUUAGUAUGAGUAUGUACCGUUUGUGUGGACGGCUACGAAAUGCAAAACGUAGAAAUGAAUUGCAGGGAAAGGUUGUUGUGAUAACUGGUGCGAGUUCAGGAAUUGGUGAAGCUUUAGCUCAUGUAUUCUAUGAUUAUGGGUGUAAAGUUGUCCUUGCUGCUAGGAGGAAAACAGAAUUGGAACGAGUAAAAAGUGAUCUGUUGUCAAAGAAAAUUUCUCUCCCAACAGAAGAGCCCUUAGUACUUGAGCUAGAUCUAUCAGAUCUUGAUCAAUUGGACUCUUUUGUCAAUAAAGUUCAUGAAUCCUGCGGUAAAAUUGACAUUCUGAUUAAUAAUGGAGGGGUAUCUCAUCGUGGAUCAAUUCUCUAUACAAAUCUGGAAGUGGAUAAGAAGAUAAUGUUUACCAAUUAUUUUGGUUCUGUAGGACUUACAAAAGCUGCGUUACCGAAGAUGGUAGAAAGAAAAAGUGGCCAUAUUAUAUUCAUAAGCUCUGUACAAGGGUUGAUAGCAAUACCAGAUCGCUCUGCGUAUGCUGCUUCAAAGCAUGCUAUGCAGGCAUUCGGAGACUCACUCCGGGCUGAAAUGCAUCAACAUAAUAUAAAAGUCUCCGUAGUCAGUCCCGGCUAUGUGAAGACCGCUGUAUCUAUGAACGCUUUGACUGGAAGUGGUGAUAAACAUGCAGUAAUGGACAAGAGUACUGCUUCUGGCUUUGAAGCUGAUUAUGUUGCAGAAAAAAUUUUGGAUAUGGUCAUCAAUGAGGAUAAGGACCUUAUUAUAAGUCAAUUUGUGCCAAAUUUGGCGAUCUUUUUAAGACGUUUUGCUCCUUCUGUGUACCAUUGGGUAAUGACUAAAAGGGCUGUAAAGACGGCCUAA